UUUUAAGUGUUUGUUUUCGUAUCAUAAAUUCAUAUUUGUCAACUAUGAUGUCCAUGAACGAAUGGAGUAUGGAUAUGCGAAUGCAUAUGGCCCAUGAGCUGUACCGUCAACAGAUUAUGCAACGCAUACCAGAUCCCUUUCCGGCUAUGCUGCCAAUGCAUAUGGCUCAACAUCAGCCACAAAUAAUGCUGCCCAGUCGGCCAACGUUGCCCGGUGUGGAUGCCAAAUUGGAGAAUAACGAAUUAUGGCAGCAAUUCCAUCACAUUGGCACCGAAAUGAUCAUCACGAAGAGCGGACGACGCAUGUUUCCCUCGAUGCGUGUCUCGUUGAGCGGAUUGGAGGAGGACACCAACUAUUGUGUCCUGCUGGAAAUGGUGCCCAUUGGCGACUGUCGCUACAAGUUUUCCGGCUCGCAGUGGGUGCCAGCCGGUGGCGCCGAGCCCCAGAGUCCCCAACGCAUGUAUCUGCAUCCAGAUAGCCCCGCAACGGGCGCCCACUGGCAAUCCCAGGCGCUGCUCUUCAACAAGGUCAAACUGACGAAUAAUACACUGGACAACAGUGGACAUAUUGUGCUGGCCAGCAUGCACAAGUAUCAGCCACGUCUGCACAUCAUUCGGAGCAGUGAGCUCACCCAGCUGCCCUGGGCGCCGCAGCAGGCGUUUGUCUUCCCGGAGACGGAGUUUGUCGCCGUGACUGCCUAUCAGAACGAUCGCAUUACCAAGCUGAAGAUUGACAAUAAUCCGUUUGCCAAGGGCUUCCGUGAGUCGGGACAGUCGCGUUGCAAGCGCAAGCUGAACAGCAGCUCCAAUUCCAGUGCUGAAUCUGAGGACGAUGGCUCCAGCGUCAGCAGCUUUGAUUCCCCGCAAGCGAAGCGUCCACGCUCAGACUUUGAGCAGGAUUCGCAGCGUAGCCUGUCGCCGGGGUACUAUGGAGGAGCUGAAGCAGCAACUGCAGCCACCUCCAAUCCUUAUCCUGCGGCGCUUAACUACGCUCCCGGUGCAGCUCUGUUGCAAGCCGCUUACUUUGCCGCAGUGCCACCGACGCUGCCUGCCUAUGUGCCAACAACAGCAGUGGCUGCCUCUCCGUCGCAAACGGUGUCAGGUUUAUCUGCGACCUCAUCCUCACCCUCAUCCAGCACAGCAACAAGCUCUCCGCUCCCAAAAACCUCCACAAAACGAAAUAGUUUCAGCAUUUCUGCAAUUUUGGCGUAUUAAAUGCAACAUUUUGGUUGUUGUUGGCCACCUUUUAAGCUUGGUUGUGAUCACAAUGUGCAGUAUAUUAGCAUAUAAGUCGUAAUCUGUUAAUUAGUUUUAAGCGCAGCUUACA